AUGAGCGCCCUUGUUUUUGGACGAGCCAUCUCGAAAUCUCUGUUGACGCUCCAUCUCUUCACGCAGAAUGACAUUUUGACGACGAUCAUUCCAACGACACUUUUCGCACUGGUGGCAGCCCCCCUCUGCAGCCCCUAUCGGUGUGUUCAUGUGGUUUGGUGGAUUUGGCUUCACCUCCUCCAUUUCAACGUUGCGAAUCAAAUAAUUGAUCCAGCAGAAGAUGGCAGGAAUAAAGCUAGCCGGCCAAUACCGGCGGGAUACAUCAGUUUGCGAGACGUGGUCUAUCUACGCUGGUGCCUGGUCCCCACAUGCUUGGUAUCAUCAGCAUUCUACAGUGUCCAAGUGCUUAGCGCAAGCCUAGCGAUAACUGUGCUCACUCUUUGGUAUAAUGAAUUCAAAGUCCAUAGCCAUCAUUGGUUUUCAAAAAACUUGAUGACUGGCUUAGGAUACGCUUGCUUCCAGGCCGGGGCCACCCUCAUUGCAAGCAGAGAUAUGUCGCGGCUAGAGCCUAAUGCUCUCUUAGCUGUGUUGCUUAGCAUUGCUAUGUUUGCCACCACGCUCCAAGCACAGGACUUCAAAGACCAGGAAGGAGAUCGCUCCAUAGGCAGACGAACACUGCCAAUCGCACAUCCUUCUCCAGCUCGUGUGUCCAUGUUUGUAGGACUUCCGAUGUGGUCGAUUUGUCUUACUCAGGUCUGGGGGAUGGAUGCAUUCUCCAGCGUCGCAUUCGUAUUUUAUUCUGGACUUGUCGGAUUACGGUUCAUGGUGUGUAAGACAACUCAAGCGGACCGUCUGUCGUGUAAGCUGUAUAGUCUUUGGUUUUCUGUCGCGCAUUUACUUCCUGGUUACUGGCGUUAUUUCCAUGAAGCACGCAUGCAUAUAUCAUAG